UUGUGUCGAAAUAUUUAAAUAUUUAACUUUUCCAAUAUGGCUGGUAAUGAGGCUGGACAUGGUGCUAUUGUCAGAAAUAGAGAUUUGAUUGAUGUGUGGAUAGAAGCACCGACAGGAAAUAGAAAACAGGUGGUUUAUGAAAAGAUAUUAUCUCUUAUUGAUAUAACAGAUAAACCUUCCAAACAUCUUAAAAGUAAUAUUAUGAAAUGCAGCCAGUUGUUUGGGUUGAAAAUCGCAAACAAAUGGCAGAAAGUAGGACAAUCUCGGAAUCGACUUUUACAAAAUCAGGUAUAUUGGUUCGACAAGAUUAUAUAUAGAAUAAAUAAUGAUUCUGAAGAAAACACUUCUUCGGAUGAGGAACAAGAACCUCCUUGUCGCUCAGUUGGACGGCCACGGGUGCCAUUUGAAGAGGCAUCGAAGAAAACAAAACGAAGACGUGUAGCCGAACUAACCACAGACAGAUCUGCAAAUAAACUUCAAUUUGCUGUAAAUGUCGUUUCUGGAAGCAAUCACAGUGAGGCCUCGCCACAAAUUUUUAGUUUUAGUACAGCUGAAGCUUUAGCCCUUAUGGUAGAUUUGGAUAUAUCCGUAAGAAAGUAUUUGCUACUUAGGUCUGUUAUUAAUGGUAAGGCCCAGAACUGCCUUCCUAGGUAUAAAGAAUUACAGAAAACAAAAAAUGCUAUCCUCCCUUCACAAUUUAUUAUCACUGAAAUUUCUGCAGAAGUUGAUUUGCAAGAACUUCUACAGAAAACAGCUGAAAGUAUCCUUGAAAUAAUAAAUUUUGAAGAGAGAGAAUGCCGGAUUAAAGUUAUAUGCAAGUGGGGAUUUGAUGGCAGUUCUGGGCAUAGCCAAUAUAAGCAGAAAUUUUCUGAUUUAGAAAACACCGACGAAUUUCUGUUUCUUGUAGCAAUGACGCCACUCAGAUUAAUUGAUAUGGAAACGAAUAAGGUAUUGUGA